AUGGGUGUUACAAUGGAAAGCAGCAAAGUUACUAGCAAGACAAGCAGCCUUAAAGCUCUACUGCUUCGUGCCUGGAAGGAAAGGUGGUCCGAUCUGCAGUGGGGAAUCCACAUUAAAACAAUUUUACCGAGGGGUGUGAGUGGCGAUGUUUAUAAUCUUGCCGAUUGCAUUCUGCAGCAGGCUUUGGUCGGUCCUGGUCCAAAUCAACUGGUUAUGUCUUACCUCAAGCAUUCUCUUAGCGCGCAGCUUGUUUCAUAUGCAGCGGUGCUACAGCGAAUUGCAAAAUAUGAUGGUUUUCACAAACCACAUUGUGUUAACUGUCUUCUCGAAUUUAUUGAAGGUAUUCAGAGUGGUAUCACGUGCCGUGGCAAGCCUGAAGAGGGCAUCCUCGCUAGUGCGAUCCUGAGCCUCGCUCAUUGGCUGCUUCAGUGCUAUCAUCACGCUGCGAUAUCUUCACCCGAAUCUCAUAACGAUAUGCUUCAGAAACCUGCAUCAAUUUUAGGCUACAUGCUAAAUUGUGAUUUUCUAACAGCCAUGUUGUAUUUGGCCAAACAUGAUGAUAAAGUUUUAUAUAGUGACGUCGUUCGGAAAUGCCAUGAAGUUGAAGAUGUCAUUUUACAAAAUCCUACCCUUGCUACUGUUGCUCCUAUACAAGAACUGUUAUCAAAGCUUUGCCAUCUUGAAUUGGGCACUACAAGUUUGACAAAUCUCAACGAAAGAGAAAUAGAUAAUACAGAACCUUUGACGUAUUGCAUUCAAGCUCUACUUGCUAUUCAAGUUAUGCUGAAUCCGAGCGUAGAUACUAAUGAACUUGCUAAUCAAUUGAGAUUACUUCAGAGACUUAAGGGUUAUAAAAUCGCUAGAUUGUGCUGCGAAAUCAUAAGAGCUUGUUUGAUGAGCCUCAACAACGUAUUAGGAACUAACAACGAAGAGUCUAAAUGGGGCGCGUUCACAUUUUUAAAACUUCCACAGAUACUGUUUGCCUUGACCGGAUCUAAUAUAAUUUCUUCCAGUGACGGUGACUACAAUGAAGACGUAGCUCAAUCAAUUCAACUUCUUCUCCAGUUUGUACCUCUUAUUGAUCUCAUGGAUUCUCCAGCUUCUUCAAACUGCAUCGAAGCAAUACUUACAGAACUAGUAAAAUUAAAAUUACUGAAUGAAAAGCAAGUUCUAGCCUACAAUCAAAGUCGUGAGGUUGUGAGCUGUGGACUUGCGAGAAUGGAUAUAAAUACAUCUGGUGGCCAAAAUUCUGGAAUGGCUAUUUUGAAAGUUAUAAUAAGAGCUCAGCCUACUUUACAACGAAUUUUAAAGACUUUAGAUGCUGAUUAUUCUAAAAUACAGGAUGCAUUGCCGAAUGUUUUGUCUCAAGUCCUGGUUGGCAAAAGCUUUGAAUUAAUUUUAUCAGUAGCAGCGGUCGAAGGGAAACUGAAGACGUUUGUUUCUAAAUUAAUCAAAUUCAAUGAAUGUGCUAAAGGAGGAGCCACCGCUCGCCCUGUGCUUUUUGAUAUGACAUUUCUGAUGCUUUGCUCCAUCGUGCAAACUAAUGGAUCUCAGGUAGUGUUUGGAGGUGAAGAAAUGCGUGGAGAAAAAAGUUUCAUUGAAACUUGGGUGGAAGAAUGCAUGGUGGAAAGGGCUCAUCCAAAAUGCCCCGAUCUGAUGUUGAGCCAAGCGGACCAGCACGUCGUCGAUGCUCUGCUUGCUCAGCUUAAAUCACCACAACCUGAUUUUUCAGCGAUUGGAGUAAGUUGGGAUAGAAUAUGCAUGAGUGUGCCAGCUGCGACUAAAGAAGUUGUAUCUGCCUGGGAGUUGAGUUUACUUUCAACAGCUGAUGUUAAACGGAUAUUAGAAAAUAUGCGUCAGAGCAUGUGUUGUCUUCCAAUAUGUGCAUCCGUCUGGCUUUGUAGUUACAUGCAGAUUUUACCUCAAGAUUCCCUCCUGAAACCUAUGAACAUGGUGCAGCAGUUCUUAACGGCCGUCGGUAACGAAGAAGUCCCUCAGCAAGAGAAUUUUAAAGAACGUUUUUAUUUGAUGGGCCAGAUUAUAAGAAAAAUCCAAUAUGACAUGCACAUUGCAACUUCUUCGAAACUCAAAGUCAGCCCACUCUCUCACAGCAUUGUUUCUAGAGAACCUAUGAGCGAUGAACUUGGUGAGAUUUGGUCGGCUGUGCAAGAUAAAGGAUGGUUGAAUGUUACUGCUACCCACGCUCUCGAAAGUCUUUUCAUAACGGCUGGACCUCAAUGGUUUGUUAUGUCACUUGUCAAGGAAGUAAUGAAACUUCGUUAUAAAGAGGAAUUGGAUAAAGCCGUUGAUCUGGUAUUGGCUGUGUUUCAUCUCGAUAUAGAAACAUGUACUGAAAUACUCUUGAUGUUCGUUCUUCCUCAUUACCUACACAAUAUAAUUUUGAAUAACCAGUUAAUGGAACCGCAAUGUUCCGCAUUGGCCAAACUGUGUGUCUAUUGCAUCUACGCCGCAUGGCAAUAUCAAGGAACUUCGACUCCAAAGAGGACUUUCCCUACUGAUAUGGAAGAGAUAGAAGAUUUGAUACCAGGAAAACUGUUACACCUCGAGGAUGGAGUUGGUGGCAGCGCAGCAGUUGUAUCCAGUGUCGCCAUCAGCAGUCAGAGUAAAACCGAUUCGCCUCAAAUUCGUCCACCGCUUCUUAAAUCUCUAAAAUUUCUCUUUAAUUUCUUCUCUUUCGUGACUGAACAGACUCCUUACAUAUCUCAACAAACUCAUUUUGUAUUCAGAUUCAUAGAAUUGAUUGUUAGCUGUGGUAAAGAUGAAGCAAGACCGCUCCUACAACACAUGCCUACAACGCUGGUUCCAAGUUUGGUACGCGCUUUGCCAGAUUUGUUCUCUACAGACUUAGUCCUGAGACUGUACGACCUAAACACUACCGCAGGAAGGAAGGCUACCGCUAGUGAUCUUUGUCUACUUCGUAAUCUCUCCUUGAAACCGACCGUGUAA